AUGUUGGCCAAGUAUAUCGCACUAGCCUUGCUGCUCACUCACACUUGUCAUGCAAUCACACAUGGCGAUGAAGUCCGCCCACACCAGUACCCGCAUCAAGUCGCUAUUUACACCGAAUGUCCACUGCUGGGUAUCCGAAAUCUAGUCUGCGGUGGAGUUAUUCUAAAUCGUAAUUGGAUCCUGACAUCUGCCCAGUGCAUCUAUUUGUUUAAAAACUUGAUCGUCAAGGCUGGGAAGCACGAGCUUUCCGUGACGGACCCGAUGCAAGAAAUUCGCACUGUGAAAUAUAAUUACAAGCAUCCGCAAUAUAAACGGCCGGGCUGGUUUCGUGGAAUCAGCAAAAACGAUAUCGCUCUCUUGAAGCUGAAUAAGCCCCUGAUUUUCAACGAGCAUAUUCAACCGAUAGCACUUCCAACACCAGGAGCAACUCACACUGGAGUCGGAUGGUUGACAGGUUGGGGUGGUGAUGGUAGAACCUCAGAAACUCUCGAGGCUGCUGAGGUGUCCUUCCUGGAUGUUAACAAUUGCACACGACUCGUCAAGAAACGAAUCACUAACGAUCAGAUUUGUAGUGGAGUCAUCGGAGGAGUCGUCUCCGCCUGUUCUAAGGACCUCGGAGGACCCGUUAUCCAAUAUCGGCCAAAUACCUCUCCACAACUUGUUGGAAUCGUCUCCUGGACUGACCAUUCGUGUCGCAAAGGUGUUCCAACAGUUUACACUAAGGUCUCUGCUUAUGUUGGUUGGAUCCAGAAAACCUUUAACAAGUUUUAAAUUCAUGUUAAAAAGCAGUUGAACGAUGUCAUAACGUUUGUGUAAUUCAUCUAUUAUUGCACAUUUGAUUCUCAUUAAUUCCAUCAUUACAGAAAUUGAAAACUGAGAAUUCAAGGAUCGAACAAAAUAUAGAUCGUCUUGGGACUUUGGAACACGUGAUAGUUUCACGAAAAUUCAAUUUUUCCAAGAAUUUAAUGUUUUUUAUGAACCAAAGGUGUAAUACACAUGUCAGUUUUAGUUUUUCAGAUAAUCGCGGUUUUUCUAUUUUCUUCCCAGUUGUUCAAUUUUUUGUAUAACUUCAUGGCUAAGUUUCGGGGCAUCCCCGUCAAAUCGUAGAUGUCAUGAUUUUAUCUUUAUUUUCAUUUAUUUGAAAAAAAAUUGAAAAAGACCCGCGUUUUCAUUCUGGCGUAGAACUUAAGAACUUAUGUGUCUUAUGGUGGUUUACUGCAUUCAGAUGCAGUGAUGGAUGCACACGAAUGAGUACUAAGUACCUAAUGAAUUGGAUAUUGAAACGAAUAAUCAAGUGUCAUUUGGACGGCCACAUUUAAUGAUUUCAUUGUAAAUAUAAACGAUUUGUCCGCUACUUAACGUCGAUAAAUAUAGCCUCGCAGUAUCGACAAUUGAAUCUGUUUCAACUCCAUUACAAUGAUGCCCACUUUUCGGAAUUUAUGGAUCUUAUAUGCCACCUCGAAUAUAGGCGGUUUGUGAGUGGUGUGAAGUUUGCAGCACGAAAAAAUUUCCGCUGUUGCGACAUAUUUUUUUCGAACUAGUAAAACUCACAGAGUUUUAGAUGAAAACAUGAACAAUAAAUAAAUAAAUAAAUAAAUAAACCAAUGGCACAUCCCGUAAAAAUUUCUUAAUUUUUCAUAAAUUUUACGAGACUUUUACGAGAAAUUUUAUCUUAACUUCAUUGAAGAUUCUGCCAUACGCUUAUGUCAUGCAAUUUCAGCUCAUUAAGAAAGCUAAUUUCAUAAGUUUGGAAAUAGUACAGCGUAUGUAGUCCUUGAACUAAAGAAUAAAGAGCUUUGAAAACUCAAAGUCUCACGUGAGUUGGAAAAAUCGAUAAUUGUUCGGUAGCAAAUUUACUAUCUUUUUGUUUAUUUUUCAAGGUAUGACGAGAUGUGUGGUUUCGAAGAAUAUUUCAGUUGUUUUAUUCUUUCAUUUUCUGGACGGUGAUGAAUAUGUUAUCGCACACUUUAUACAAUUUCCACAAAAAAGAAUGAAAUGUAAAACUAGGACGAUUUGAAUGCUCCCAUUCAAAAGCACCUCUUCCACCAGAGUUUCCAAUGUGAAUCGCCAAAUGCAUGCAGUGUUACUUUAAUUUCCAUUUUACAUUGUUACAUUUUCAAAGUAAAUUACCACCAUGUAUUAACGAGUCUUCAUAAAUAAAUCCAGUGUUCAGAUGCCCUUGA